AUUAGCAACCACCUGGUUCAGGUCACAAGCAGGGAGAGGAAAGACUGCAGAGUCUUUCGUUCUUUCUGGUGCAGCUUAACUGAUUUGAAGAAGCCAAAGAAGAAAAUCCAGUAGCACGGUUAAGACUUUAGCCAUGGCAUCUGUAUCAUACCAAAAGCCAACAUCUACUACUGUGGGAAAACAAAUGAUUUUUACAGGUCCAGACUACAUAAAGGAUUAUUUACCCAAAAUUCAUCAGCACACCUCCUAUGUAGGAGAACAGCAUCUGGCGUUAGAAAAAACUGGAGAUCUCAGAUAUUUAUGGAGGCCUGCCUCAAAUAGAAGCUUGCCAGCAAAAUAUAAACAUGAGUACGUUGGUGAAAUUGGCUGGGGAGUACCACAGUAUAAUUUUAUCAACAAAUCAAGACUGGAGAGUGGCUUUCAUAUCAAGUAUGAAGAACUAAGUCAAGCUUCUCUUGAUUCAAUAACCCACAGAUAUCAAAACCCAUGGCAACCAAAACCUCAUGUCCUGGAUAUGCAAGGAAAACAGAGUCGCGCUUCUUUUGCCUGGCAUAUGAGUGCUUUCGAGGACACUGAUCAGAGAAAUUCCAAAUGGGCUAUUCUUGUUAGGCAGUGUAAGUCAUCAUUGCCAAGAGCUUCCAAACCACCUAAGCUGCCGAAGCUACCAAAAAAGGAAAAGAAAAGGAAACGUUAACCUCUAAAUCAGCAUAACUCAACCUGCUUUUAGAAGGAGAAACUGCCUACUACUGUAGAACAAAAAAUAAGAUCAUAAUAAUCCACAAGUGCUUCUCAUAUUGCCCCAGGACAGAUGUCUUGCAAGAGUACGCUUCAGCUUAAAGCCCAAAUAAAGAGUUUGGAAAAAAGGUGUUGUCAGUCUUUGCAACCAUUAAUAUUGUUUCAUGAAACUAAUUGUUAUUGACUAUCAUACUAAUAGUAGCUGUUUACUGAGUGCUUAUAACAUCUAACACUAUUCCAAGUGCUUUACAUCCAUUCUCUAAUAUAAUUUCAUAACCAUAGGCGAUAGGUUCUAUUAUUUCCCCAGCUUUGCAGAUAAGGAAAUUAAGGCUUUGAAAGAUUACAUGGUUAGGAAGUAGCAGAACUUGGAUUUGACCCCAGGUUAUGGGACUCCAAAGCUAACAUAUAUGGCUUUUAAAGUAUUUUAUAAUAUUGGCAUGGUGCUUUAGCAGUAAAAAGCAGUUAUAUCCCUAAUUUUCAGAAGAUUCUCACAGCACCCUUGUUGAACAGGUACUAUCUUCCUUUUAC